GUGAAAUUAGUGAAGCAUCAAAACUUUUUUAUUCGUGGCAAAAAAGAAGAAAAUGUUUGGCGAUUGCGUCCUAAUUGUUGCAAUUUCUAUUUGCACAGCUUUGCUUGGAGAAGGUCUGACAUGGGUUUUAGUUUACAGAACAGAAAAAUAUAAGAAAUUGAAGGCUGAAGUUGAAAAACAGAGUAAAAAAUUAGAGAAACAAAAAGAAACUGGUGCAGAUGUUGCUAAUAAGAAAAAAUAUGAAAGACAAGAAGAAAAAUUAAAAACUAACAACAGAGAUUUAUCUUUUGUUAAAAUGAAAUCAAUGUUUGCUAUUGGUUUUGCUUUUACAGCUCUUCUUAGUAUGUUUAAUUCCAUAUUUGAUGGACGUGUUGUGGCCAAGUUACCUUUUACUCCAAUUUCUUUAUUACAAAAUAUAUCUCAUCGAAAUCUAGGCGGUGAAGAUUAUACAGAUUGCAGUUUUAUAUUCCUUUAUAUUUUAUGUACAAUGUCUGUUAGACAAAAUAUCCAGAAGUUACUGGGUUUAGCUCCUUCAAGAUCUGCCAAUAAACAAGGCUCAGGAUUCUUUGGUGCCCCAGCUCAAAUGGGCAAAUAAAUUCUCCACCUUCAAAUCAUCCUUGAACAUUUUAGGUCCAUCUUUGUCCAUCUUUACAAUGUCAAGCUAUUAUGAGCUUCUGCUUAUACCUUGACUACAACAGCCACUUUCCUAGUAUCACAGAAUGCAGUAAUUGGAUUGGAUUAUACGCCAGUCAAUACAGAAAGACUGUAAAUAUUAUGCCUCAAGUCGAGGCCUCUGAUUGGCUGUAUUUUCUAGCAUACAAUCCAAUCAAAUCACUGCAUUUACAAAAUUUUGUGAUACAAGAAAGGUGGCUAUUGUAGUCAAGGGAUAAGCUAUAGGUUGUAAUCGCUGGAUGUUGUGAAGGUGAUUUUUGUCAUAAUUUGUAAUGGAUAAUAAUAGAUAUCAAUGAAUGAAUUGUGUAUAUUAAGAAUUAGGAUUAUGUUGUUUUUAUGUACAUGUUUUAUAUUGAUUAAAUUAUAAUAUAUGUCUCUC